AUGGAAAAGGUGGACGAGUCUCUGGACCCUGAUAAACAGUUGGUUGACCAGACCUGGUACCAUGGAGGGCUGUCCCAAAAGGAGGCAGAGGCCCUGCUGCUGAUGGAUGGGGACUUCCUGGUGUGGGCCUCCCCUUCCACCUUAUUCUCGGACUCAAGCCCCCUGGUGCUGUCCUGCUGCUGGGGUGGUCAGCCCCUCCACUUUGAUGUGGUGCGCAUCCAGCUGCGCCCACGGCCUGGAAGGCCCUCUUGUGCCCUCUUCCAGCUGGAGGAUGAGCGUUUCCCCAGCCUGCCUGCCCUGGUAAAGUGUUAUGUGGCUACGAAGCGCCCAUUAACCCAGGCCUCAGGGGCUGUGGCUUCUCGCCCUAUAGCCCGCCACGGACCUCCACGUCCUACGCCCUCUGGAAAGCCCCGACACCGGCGGAGCCUGAGUGGGGAUGGCUGCAGUGAUGGUACUCGCCAAGUCCAUAAGGGGCUGCUCAGGACCAAGGAGCUCAGUGGUAGCCAACCCACCCUAGACACCUUGAGUCACAAGGGAGGCCUUCCUAAGGGGACCAAAGGACCAGGUUCACCAGAUGACCCCCAGGUGGCCAAAGUGGUGCCUCCUGCUUCCCCCCUUUUCCGUACUGGCAGUGACCCUGUACUGCGUAAGGCACAGGAACUGAGUACAGGUACCCCCCUUUGGGGCUCAGAUGGGCAGCUGCAUCCCAAGGUGCCACCCAAACCUCCACGUGCACCCUCUAUAAUGUUGCCAGAGUGUCCUGGGACUCCCACCUCCUGUGAGCUGUUGCCCCAGGAGAUCCUCCAGUUCCAAAGGAAGGGAGGUCAUGAUGAGAAACCUGGGACCAGGGAGGAGACCAGACAGAGGCCCAGGGACAGACAGGAGACCAAGUACAAGACAGAGACCUGGCCUGGGGAAGAAACUAUGCACAGAGAGGGGCAGAAUGGACACCUCAACAACAAAGAAGGUCCACAGGAGGCCCCUUGGUGGGAGGAGUGGGAUCAAGAAGAGGCGGAAGAUUUCGUGAAGCCCCAAGGAGGAGCUACCCCUGCUCUUCAGCCCCAAGCCUUCUCUUCCUGCUUGCUGGGCCCUGAGAACCGGCCCUUGGAGCCCAGCACCCUGAGGACCCUUCGUGCCCUGUUCCUGCAACAUGAUGUGGGCACUGUCGCCCAACACCUGCUUCUGACUGACUGCCAGGCGGCCCAGGUUCUGGGGGUGACACGGGCUCAGCGCCAGGCAAUGGGCGUCCAUUCGGGUCUGGAGCUCCUCACUCUGCCUCAUGGUCAUCAACUUCGGCUUAACCUGUUGGAGAGGCAUGAGGCCUUGGCCCUGGCUGCAGCCAUAGCUGUGGUGGGAUGCUCCGGGCCAGUGGCAGAACGAGUGGCCACCUUGCUCGGCCUCAUCCAGCUGGCACUGGCCCUUCGAGCUCCUGGAGGUGCAGACCUGUUUGCUCUUUCAUCGGUGAUGACUGCCUUGCAGCUCCCUCAGAUCACCCGCCUAGAAAGAACGUGGCGCCUCCUCCGGCAGAACCACACAGAGGCCGCGCUGGCCUUCGAGAAGGAGCUGAAGCCCUUUGUCCGAGCCCUGGAUGAAGGGGCUGGUAAGUGGGAGCCGGGGGAGGUGGCCCUGCCUUACAUAAUGCCCGUGACCCAGCUGCUAGAGGGGGCCCAGCUGUGGGGGUCCCACGAGGAGAGCUGCGAGCGGCUGCUUCGGACGCUGCAGGGAGCCCGGACCAUGGCCAGCAACGCCUCCCACUACCGAGAGGCAGCCAGGACCAGACUCAAGGGUUUCCAGCCCACCCCAGAACUCUGCGAAGCCUUCCAAACGGAAUUUGCACUGAGACUCCUCUGGGGCAGCCGAGGGGCCGGAGCCGGCCAGGCAGAACGUCACAAGAAGUUCCACCUUGUCCUCAACGCGCUCUCCUGGAAGCUGGAGCCUGAGAGCUGAGGUCCCCCAAGCUGGGACAGGUCACGUCGGCUGGCCAGAACUGCCCCCCCCCUCUGGCCCCGAGCCUCCCAGGGGUGUGACUCUGGGGCGGAGGGAAGGCGCAGGGCAGGGUCUGCACCCCGGCCCCAGGCUGACUCCUACCACAGUGCCGGCCGGCCCAGAAGAGUUCUGACCUUGCCCCGCUGCCCCCCUCUAGAGAAGCGACAGCCCGAAGCAGGAGGCAGGCGCAGCGGAGCCCUCCUGCCCACUCCUUCUGCCUCCUCGCCUUUGCUGGGACCAGGACGUGCCGUGGGCCUCCAGAGCCAAGGAGGCCCCUCACUACCUCAUAGACGCUGAAAUCCGCUGCUCUUGCAGCAUCUUCCCAGCCCUGCCCUGGGAACUGGCUAUGGCUAGGACGUCUGCCUCCUCCUGCCACCCCUCUGGGAUAAGCUCCUUUAUUCAGGAGGUGGGAACCUCCCAUAGGCCUCCCCACAAGUCACCCAUCAUCCCCUCCAUCUUCCAACACAGGGGUCGGAGCAGUGGAGACACUGGCCAGCUUCUCCCCAAGUCUGUUUCAGUCCCCAAAAAGGAGUGGCCAAAAGGUGCAGAUGGGGCAGCCUGAGGCUGCAUUCCGGGGCCAGAUCCGCGGGGAGCUGGAAGGGACAGAGGAGGCCUUUGUGACGGCCACCUCCUCCUCCAGGAUUCCUCCUAGUGCCAGGGUAGGC